AUUGGUUGGUUAAGACGCUAUGACACUCGAGCACACAAACUUAUUCUUUUCUUCUCGCCCUUGUUGAUUUCCAUUAUUUACCUUUCGAGGCCUUGAUUGCAUAUUUAAACUUAACCAUCAAAUUUUCUUCAAGCUCAUCAGAUUACAGAUUUUCUUUGUGUUUCCCGUUAUUCCCACUUCUUUAAUGGCUUCGAUUAUGAGUUCACAAGGUCUAGCCUUAGUUACUGCCAUGGCAAUCUCUGGUUCCCUUGUAUUGAUUACCUUAUACAAGCAAAAGACAUUGGCUGAUCAAAAUUCUAAGGCGAACGCACGAACAUUAAGACCUUGUUUAUCUUCAGACAAGAACACAAGAGAAAAGAAAAAGAAGAAGAAGAAAGUUCGUUUCGCUGACGAUGUGGUUGUUCGAGUUGUAACGGAUGAUAAGGAUAUCAGUAGCGAAACAUCUAGUAAUAAUCGAGAUUAUCAGUUUAAGGAUAGGGGAAUCUGCGCCGCAACGCACACGAACCGUUGUUCACUCUACCAGGGAAUACUCCGUGAUCGAGUUCACCGAAUAGCCUAUUCGUAUUGAUAAGUCCAGUUUAGUUGAGUAAUUGUUGCUUGUUUGUAAAUAAUUGGUCUCUUGUAUAGUUGUUGGUUUUCCCUCUUUUCCUUUGUAAAGCGUCAUUUCAAUCGAACACUCUAGCAAAUUCAGACGUAUUCGAAGGGGAAAAUAAUUUGCGUAUAAACUCUGUUAAAUUACUAAAAUUUUAAAAUUCCUAA